AUGCUGCAUACCGUCGUCAAGCGAUCGAGCACCUUUGCGCCUCGCGUGACCUCUGUCAUUGGACAGCGCGCGUAUGCUCACGAUGGAAUGAAGGGCUACGGCGAGAAGGAGCGCGGCGAGGAGACCGUCUACUUCCGGAAGGAGGAGGAGAAGCUGCUCCGCACGCUGCUGCAGAAGGUGGCGGCCCAGGCAUCCAAGCAUGAUGUUGAGGGCUCGAAGGCGGCCGCUGAUGAGGCGUCUGCCAAGCUGGAGACCAUCGUUGGUGGCAAGCUGUCUGCCGCUGAGAAGGCAGCCCUGCUGGAGUGGAAGAACUCGCACUAG